UCAGCAUCAUCACGAUAGCGUCACAUUUCUUGUCUUUUUUUGGGUUGGGAGGGUAUUCCUUCCCACAACAUUUUCGAUAGUAUUAAACGGCGUAACAAGUGGCUUGUGGAGGUAAGGUUUCAUCGUGCAGGCGCAGUCCGUAUUUGAAGCUCAGUGUGAAUGACUCUGUAUCAACCAUGGAGAACAGAGCCUCACAAAAUGUCAACAUGGAUGAACCGACCAAAACAAUUUUAUUUGAAAAAGAGCAAAGUGGCAUAACAUACAGGAUCCCUGCACUCAUCUACCUGCAGGAAGUCCAGACUUUUCUCGCCUUCGCUGAAAAGAGGUUGUCGUCCAGUGACCAUGAAGCCAAGAUCCUGGUAAUGAGGAGAGGAACAAUGACAGAGGACGGAUCUGUUGAGUGGUCGUCAACACAGGAGCUGCAAUCAGCCACUUUACCAAACCACCGCACAAUGAAUCCCUGUCCUGUGUACGAGAAAAAGAGUAACACAGUCUUCUUGUUUUUUAUUUGCGUCUGGAAGAGCGUUACAGAGCAGAAACAAAUCCACACAGGUAAAAACCAAACACGACUGUGUUAUGUGACCAGCACUGACAAUGGCCAAACAUGGAGCAAUGUGACAGACUUAACAGAGACUGUGAUUGGUGAGACUAUCAACAAUUGGGCCACUUUUGGGGUUGGUCCGGGCCAUGGGGUCCAGCUGGAGGACGGGAGACUGAUCAUCCCAGCUUAUGCCUAUUACAUUCCACAAAGGGAAAGUGGCACUGUCCCACGUGCCCUGGCCAUAUACAGCAAAGACGAUGGCAAGACAUGGCGACUGAGUGAAAUGCUGAGAGAAGACUCAAGUGAAUGUGAGAUGGCAGAAAUAAUUGACCAUGAAGGUAAGAGCCAUCUUUACUGCAAUGCUCGCUCCAUAACAAAAGGCCAUCGAUGUGAGGCUCUGAGUGAGGCUCUGAGUGAGAACAGUGAUGUGUCUUUUGACCAAGUGCACUUUGCCAGUGAGCUGGUGGAGCCCCCUUUUGGUUGUCAGGGCAGUAUCAUUGCCUUUCCCGCUCCAGAAUCUGCCCCAGAUACCCAAACAUGGCUCCUCUUCAUGCACCCCACCCAUGAGUGCUGCAGGAGAGAUAUGGGGGUGUAUUUAAACCGUUCUCCUCUGCAGUCAUCUGGAUGGGAAACGCCUACGAUCAUCCACAGUGGACCCAGUGGCUACUCAGACCUGGCCUACCAUGGGGAUAAAAAUACAUUUUCUGGUUUGAUGGAAUGUGGGGAAGAAUCGGAACUUGAACAAAUCGCAUUUGUCACUUUUUCUCUCAAUGAUGUCAUGCAGCAGGAAGGACAACAAGAUGAAGACUGAGAUAGAAUGAGGAUUCUCCAUCUUUCCACAAGUUAUUGGCUCUAAGUACCAUCUUUAAUCUAAAUGUAAUCUAAAACAUAGCCUAGUUAGUCUUGACUGACUAAACUGACAAAUCACAUAUGGAUUAAAUAUUAAUUACUAAACAAAUAAUGAAAAAUCACAACAAUAUGACCAAGUUUUAUAAUCCUUAAUGAACAGUUUUCUAAAAUGAAAAUGUAGGUCCCAACCAGAACAUCUAUGAAGUGACUUAAAGUGUGCCACCAGAGGAAAUCAAAUGAAACUGGUUAUUUCUCCAGGCUACUGUCAAAGAAUAAACCACUAAAUAUGCUGUGAAUGUGCUGUGACAUCUAACAAAACGUCUGUCUGUAUGCACGAGUUGUAUGAUGUUAUCUUUAAAAAGAAAACAAACUUAAUAUCAAUAUGCAACUGUGCAGAUGUGUAAAAGAAAAAAAAAAAAAAAACUGAUAUAAACUUUACAUUCAAUACUUGAUCAGAUUAGAUUCAACUUUAUUGUCAUUACACAUGUAUAAAUACAAGGUAACAAAAUGUUUAGCAUCUCGGCAAGGAAAGUUUAUUUGUAUAACACAAUUCGUACACAAUUUAACAACAUCUGUUACAGCUCACGGCCGGUCUCCAGCUCCGCAUCGCCUGGUGCUCCUAUUUUGUAUUACCGCGUGUAUCUUCCAUAUUUGCAUGUCCUGUGUGGUACCUGACGUCUGAUUGGUGGGGCGUGAUUCCGUCGCUGUGAGCUGGUUCCGACGUCCAGUUUCUCCAGUCCCUUUCCUACACAUCCAUCGCCUCGACCAAUAAAAGUGCUGUGCGCCUGUCCCUCCUGGCGGCUGGAUGGCAGUUUCAGUUCGCCGCUCUCACUAACAGACGUUCUCUAGUUGCCUCUCUUUUGUUAUUGUAAAGUGUGUGUUUAUAGGCGUCCUUACCGACCUAUAAUUUUUGUUAGUAUUGCCAGUUUGGCUCGGCCCUUGGGCAGUUGUUUUUUUUGUUUGAUGUUAGCUUACCCUAGUUUAGGAGUUGUUUAUUUAACUUUGGAAAUUCUGAUUUAUCAAAUGCAAAACAUUUUGUUUUUUUGUUGUUGUUGUACUUACUUACAUUCACUUUAUAAAAGCCGUUUACUUCACAUCA